CGCACAUCCUAUUGCAAAAUAACGUGAACUGAACGCUGGGAACCACUUUGAACUGAAAACAAACUCGACGGUAAAUUUAAAGGUAAUUGAUCUGCAGUGAUAGCAACAGCAGCAAACAGAAUGUAUAAGACGGAAAAAUAGACAGGUGUGCUGCUGACGCGGAGGAUGCUUCGGCUCGCAUAUAAAACCUCGCAGCCGUUGGUUGUUCAUUCAUUUCUAGCGUAGAACCAAAUGCUACAGUUCAGAAAGAUGCUGGUUCUGCUGUUUAUGCUGACAUCAACUCUGGUGGUAGUCGCGGUUGAAAAUACUAGUUCAGAUGCUACAUUACAAGCAAAUUCUAAGCGAAUUGCUGGAAACGAAUUCCAACACGUCCUCAAUGCUUAUGACGUCUCUCAGCGACUCCAUCGAGUCUUUGGUGACCCCAUAGCAACACAAGGGCAGUUCCCAUGGAUGGCUCUCAUCGUUGCUUACCGUGGUCAGCACGUUUUAAUCGCAUCGAGCGGAUCCUUAAUAUCGGAUCGGUGGAUUCUCACUUCCGCACUCUCCUGCGUAAUGACCGACCUGAACUUUAUAAUCUUUGGUGUCGUCGACUAUUCCUACAUUUGGGGAGAUCCAGUGACAUCAGCUAAUUACACUUGCUACGUGCACGAUCUUUACGACCCAUAUAAUGUGACAAAUGAACACGACAUGGCUCUGAUCAAGAUGCUACAUCCUGUCACUUUUACAGUCAACCUCAUGCCCAUAAAACUUCCUUCUUUAAAUGAUGCCACGAAGGAUUUUACUAAUGUUUCGAUGACAGUUUGCGGAUUUAGGCAAGUGAGCUCUUGUUAUGAUUAUGAGAAAGACCAAAGUUUAGCACCCUUCUCUCUGAGGUACGAAGAAUUGCUGGGGAUUAGCUUCGCGGAGUGCAAUGCAAAGCUCACUGUAAAUUAUUUGAUUACUACUUUGCCUGAAUCCGCAAUCUGUACCGGCUACAACAGCGUUGGACUCUGUGAUGGUGUUUUAGGCGCUCCUAUAUUCUACAAGAACCAAAAUGGAUCUUGGGUUAUUGCGGGCAUUUUGAGACAUGUUCCCUACAACCGAUGCGGCUUUAGCGAAGGUCCGUCAGUCUAUACCCGUGUUAGCACAAAUCUUGAUUGGAUAUCUUCGAUAACUGGAAUGGGAGUAUCAACUAGCACACCAAAAGCAACCACUGGAAAGCCUUCAACUACCACAGGUACUACCAAACCAACCUCUAGAUCUACUGGAAAAACAACCACGACCACAAAACCAUCAAGUACCAAGACCACCACAAAGACAACCACCAAAACGACAACUAAGACCACAACCAAAACCACCACCACGACCACCCCUAAGACCACCACAAAAACCACCCCGAAAACCUCAACAACUAAGAAAUCUAGCAGCACCACCAAAAAGGCUUCUGGCUAAAACUUACUUUGAUUUCAUGCUUUGGCUUCUGAUGUUUGAAUUACGAUAUAUUCAUUGGCAUAAAAUGUCCACUUUGACAAAAAUAAAGAGGAUUUACCCAA